AUAGUAGUGAAUUAGCAGUUUGUAUAAGAUUAUUUUGUUCAUUAAAAGAAUGUCAGUUUAGUUUAUUAAUCCUCAUAGGCCUAAUAUUAGUUCGUCCUUGUUUUGUCUAUAAAUGUAGACAAUGAAUUCAUUCGACCCAGAUCAUGCUAUGGCUAUACUCCUACAGGCAAAGUUCAAUGAAGAAGCUAAAAAGCAACGGAAAAAUGAUAAGGAGAACCUGCCAAUGCCGGUGCAAAAGCCAAUGGUGAAAAACCUCACUGGUGGACCCCAGAAUGGGAGACUUUGGACCCCUGUCCAGACAUCCAUGGGCUGUUUUGUGACAUUCAAUAAGCGUUUCUUCUGGGGCCAGCUGGUGGGGGUGGAGGUGAAGUGGAGUCCUCAGAUGACCUUCACAAUCCAUGGUGCUGUUUUUGUGACAUUCAAUAAGCGUUUCUUCUGGGGCCAGCUGGUGGGGGUGGAGGUGAAGUGGAAGUGGAGUCCUCAGAUGACCUC